ACGACUGGCUGCCUAGGGCUACGUAGCACUCUCCUUCAGAAGUGUGUAACAUUUUGUGACCGAAAGGGAUUGCUCUUAGCAUUUUUCACAGACUCCACGAUGGUGCUGCACCAUAUGUUACGACUGCUGAUCGCUACAUACUUUGGGCUUGUGUCUGAAGAGGGAUUCAUCGAUCUGUGCAAUGACUCCUUGGUCUCCAAGGACGAGAGGUGCAUCUAUGUUGAGGAUACGCCUGCUGCAGAGCUACGUAUUCUCGCACUACAGCAUUCGUGGUGGCCCAUGAGCGAUACCAGCAUUUUCAGAACUACGGGAACCUGAAGAUAUGAAAACCACUGAAGUGCAAACCCUCGGCGAAUUGCC